AUGGGGAUUUUUGUUGCUCUUCGACCAUGUGUUGAUGGAUUCUUGGCUGGUUGCAUACUUUUUAUUGGGAUAGAUGCUUCCUGUUUGACUGGUAAAUACAAGGGUCAGUUAGCUUCAGCUACUGGUGUGGAUGGACGCAAUUGGUUGUACCACAUAGCUUAUGGAAUUUUCGAGUCAGAAACUGAAGAUAGCUGGAAAUGGUUCAUGGAGCAGUUUCAUAUGUCUAUAGAAGAUGUUCCCAAUCUGGUUAUUAGUACAGAUGCUUGUAAAGGACAAGAGACUGCAGUGGGGGCUAUCUUCCCACAAGCUGAAAAUAGAGAGUGCAUGGGCACUUCUAGAAGCUACACACAAGGGAUGUUUCAGUGGCACAUGAAGAAAAAUUUUGAGUUUGCUCCCGCUGCAAUUGAAUACCUUGAACAGCACCACAAUAGGAUCUGGUACAGGUGCAGAUUUUCAGAAAACAGCAAGUGUGACUACUUGAAAAAUAAUGUUUCAGAGAGCUUCAAUUCACAAAUAAGAAAGUUCAAAGGUUUGCUACUGCAUGAAUUAGUUGAUAGAAUAAGUGACCUCAUCAUGGAGAAGAGAUACACUAAGAAAAUGCUUGCUAGGCAGUGGACAGAUGGAAUACUUCCAAAUGUAAAGAAGGAGCUGAACUUGAUCACUCAUAACCUCAAAGUGGUCAAGGUAGUUACUAGUAAUGUUGAUAUUGCUGAAGUAACCAUCUUGGAUGAUUGGAACAAUCAGAGAAGGCACACAGUUGACUUGCACAACCGUAAGUGCUCGUGUGCACAACCCAAACAAGCUGAAUUAGGUGAUGAAGCUGAAGCUGGUCCCUCCCAAACCAAGAAACAAAAAGUUCAGAGGAAGAAGAAGACACCCAAGAAGAAGAAGGCUAAGAAGGCUGCAGCUGACCCACCUACUACUGUUGUUAGUAGCAUUAGGAGACUAGUCUUUCAAGACUAG